AUGUGCCAAGCCGCGAGAGCGUGCCACAACAAUGGCCUGGUCGCGUCGGUGUCAUCUCUCCUGAUCUCGCUCGUCAUCAAGCCCCUGGCCAAGAACGCCAUCCUCACGGGCCGGAGCAUCCUCGCCCUCCUCGCCGGCGACGGCGCCGGCAACGCCAGCAGCGCCGCGGCCGCUCCACGUGGGCAGCAUUGCGAGCACUGCGCCGCGAGCGAAGACGACGCGCGCCUGUCCGGCUCCGACGCCGCCGCGGUCAUUGCGAGCCUCGGCCUCGUCCCGCGCCGACGACGCUGUGGCAAUGACGACGAUGACGACGACGGGAUGGCUGUGUGUGGCGGAUGCGAGGCGAUGGGGGUGGUGGAGGAGGUGGCGUGGGGGAGCAAGGAGGCCGGGGAGGCGGAGCUGCGGGAGGCGUUCGGGGUGUUCGACCGGGACGGGGACGGGCUGGUGAGCGCGGCGGAGCUGUGGGGCGUGCUGCGGAGGCUCGGGAUGACCGAGGGCGCCAGGUACGAGGACUGCGCCAGGAUGGUCGCAGCCGCGGCCGCCCGCCACGGCGGCGUGGACGGCGGGCUCGGGUUCCCCGAGUUCAAAGCCAUGAUGGAGCACGCGGUUUGA